AUGUCUGCACCGCCCGCGUACGCGCCAACGACGAACUCCACGUAUACUCUAGCGAGCGAACAGGACCACAGCCAGCACCAUGGCGAGAUUUCACGGGCUUCGUUUGUGCCCACCAGCAUCCACAAGGCCGUGUAUGACUCGCUCUGUGAGCUCUAUUCCAUCGUCACAGUCACGGAGACCGUGGAAAAUGCUUUUGUGAAGGAUUUCGUCACCGACAAGGAAAAGUACACCUCGACCAUCAUGCGGCUUGUGAACCAAUGCCAGAUCCUUUUGGAGAGCUUCCACGCCAGCCCCACGCACGAGAAAAUCCUCCGGGAAAUUCUUCCGGACCUAGCCGGUGACCACAGCAAUUUGCUCCGCGUCGUGGCGGCGAAAUUCAGCCUUCAUGCGCCAUUGGCAAUCGACAGACUCACGAAAAAAGUACCGGCAACUAUUGAGCACUUUCACAAACACGUCGAGCUCGCCGAGCCAACUGAGAAACCCGCUGCUUCUGAAGCAGCCUCGGGUCUGCCCGCACGGGCCAUCCACAAACUGGCCGCUGCCAGUGCCCGGCUUGUAGCAGAGGCGACGGGAAACUUCAUCACGCUCAUGGACGCGGUCAAGUUGAACUACAACACCAAACUGCAGCUCCAUCCGCUCCUCAGUAACUUGGUGAUCAGUCUCAACGAGUUGGUCACGCGCGAAAACAGCCAGGCGGUGGCGCUCGAGUUUCCGGGCAAACUGAAGUUGGUCAGCUGGCUCAUCAAACUCAACAAUUUAUCCGACAACGACACGCUUUCAAGUGAUGACUUGGAGCUGUUUCUCCUGGACUUGGACACUUCGUAUCAUGGAUUCUACGAUUCUUUGGAGUGA